GCAACUGAGGCCUUCCUCGUGCGGCUGAUGGAGGACGCGUACCUGUGCUCGCUGCAUGCUCACCGUGUCACCCUACACCCCAGGGACAUUCAGCUGGCCCGACGCCUGCGGGGGGUUGAACGGGGGGGUCUCUGA